GGCCUUGUACAAUAUUAAUUAGCAAAGCGGAACCUUUUCAUUUUAUAGGGUUGUUUAUUCUUCGAGGGUUUUAGGAUUGGCUACCGCAGAACCAAUUUGAUCAAUCGAAUUUUCAUCUCUCUUUCUUCUAUCCUGCAAACCCUAUAGAAAUUUCCUCAAGUGAUUUUACGAGAAUGUCUCGGGUCUAUGUUGGGAAUUUGGAUCCUCGGGUCACUGAGAGGGAUCUCGAAGACGAGUUUAGGAUUUUUGGCGUUCUCCGCAGUGUAUGGGUAGCUCGAAGGCCUCCUGGGUAUGCGUUUAUUGAGUUUGAUGAUCGCAGGGAUGCUAUUGAUGCAAUUCGUGAACUGGAUGGAAAAAAUGGUUGGCGUGUGGAACUUUCUCAUAAUUCAAAAGGUGGUGGAGGCCGUGGUGGGCGCCGUGGUGGGGGUGAGGAUUUAAAGUGUUAUGAGUGUGGUGAACCUGGUCACUUUGCUCGCGAAUGCCGCUCGCGUUAUGGAUCACGAGGCCUGGGAAGUGGCCGGCGUCGAAGCCCCAGUCCUCGUCGCCGUAGGAGUCCAAGUUAUGGGUAUGGGCGCAGGAGCUAUAGUCCAGGAAGAUCUCCUCGGCGCCGCAGCAUAUCACCUCGUCGUGGUCGGAGUUACAGCAGGUCGCCUCCAUAUCGUUAUUCUCGUCGUGAUUCACCUUAUGCAAAUGGAGAUUAAAGUGGGAACUGAAGCAAAAUCUGAAAUGACAGCAUCUAUGGCAAACAAAUAUUCAAAUACUAUAGUUUUAAAUAGGUUCAGUGAGCAAAAAAGGAUUUAGGUUACUUGUUCGUUUUGUGACGGUUAGGUUGUUAGAGCUUGUGGUUUUGCACGGCUUCCACUCUGCAAAGUGUUAGGGUUCCUUGGACCCCCUUCUGCGGUAGCUUGCUUACUGUCUUCAGCGUAUAAAACUCGGAGGUCCUGUUUCUUACUUUAUAUGGUUAUCUACUUAUUAUAUUGUUAACUGUUAUGUUUAAAAUUUAGCUCAGUUACUUAGCUAUUGUAAGUUUAUUUAUCUGAAGGAUUUUAUA